AUUCUUUGUUUGAAUCUGCGAAGUUCAACCCAAAUCAAUGCGGCUUAACAUUUCUGAGAAAUUGAUCCAGAUAAGUCUGUGCAUCAUUGUACUGCGCGCAAUGUUUGUAUAAUUCGAAAACAAGAGAUCCUCGCCAAAAUGAAAGCGUCAUAACAAAUGUUUCGAAAAAUUCCAAAUCUAACGUAUUUCCCCCAGUCUAUGCGCGUAUUCAUCAUUUGGUGGCGUUCCAGCAAGUGUGAUCGCAUUCUUAAUUCCCGACUCGAAUUAGUCAGUGCCGGAUCGUUGAUCGCGAAAGUAGUGGUCUAGUGAAGCUGUUCAAGUUCAAGUAAUCACAUCCAGUUCCUGUCGGUGGCAGCAGUCGGCUCGAGAUGGAAAAAAAAGUUGCAGAGAUGAAUGCUGAAAAAGUGGAAAAAGCGGAAAAUUUGUUUCCGCCACCCCCAUCAUAUUCUGAGCUGGAAGAAACAAUCAUCAAACAACCCGGACAGCAUGCCGCACCAACGCAGCAACCAUCAGUACCGGAACUAGCCGGAUUGGAACAUCUGGUCGAAACAGAAGCGAUUGUUUUUAAACAGGAGUUGCACAUCGCUCAGCUGGUCUGUGGCUGCGAUAUGCCUAUUAAUUUUGAUCUGAUCGACGAAAACGACCGAAUCAUUUACCAGAUACAGGAGCAGGAGGAUUUCUGUGCGAGAAACUGCAUGCCCCAGGGACUUCGGACCGAGUCUAAUAUGGUCAAGACGAACGGAUUAAUAGCGCUUCGGUUCAGAAGAGAAACGCGCUGCGUGAUGAAUUGCUGUUUACCCUGUUGUUGUUAUCCAUUGCCAUUCAGCAGAGAGCGAUUGACCGUUUCGAGCGGAAUAGGCAUGGUGUAUGGGACUGUCCAGCAUGAUUGGUCCGCAUGGAGGUCACGUUUCAGUGUUCUGAACAAAGAGGGGAGCGUAGUGUUGAAGAUCGAAGGUCCGGGAUGCAAUUUUGGCUUCUUUGGCGAUUUACAUUACAAAAUUGUUACUCCGGGAGGCGAAGUGAUUGGAAGCAUCGUCAAACAGUGGAGCGGAUUACUCUGUGAGGUGGUAAACGAUUUCGACAAUUUUACCCUCAAUUUCCCACGUGAUCUGGACGUUCCCGUGAAGGCUACACUGAUUGGAGCUGUCAAAUUAAUUAAUUUUCUCUUCUUCCAAGGAUCGUUACGAAGAUUAAUCGUGGGCGUUACAUAUGGUUGUUGUAAAGCCAUAGCCCAACCGGUACACUAGAAUCGAAGAACGAAGUAUUUGGUUAUCAUCAGUGAUUUAUGAUAAUUUGUAUAAUGUUAGUUUGUGUUGCGUCUACUCAUUACAUUACUUAUUGUAUAAUUAUAAAUUUUGGAUGCCGAA